UAUCAAACAAAUGAAGAUCAUUAUAGCAGUAUAGAAUGAAUCACAAGGAAAUGUAUUGUCGCAGAAUUAAAAUAAAAAAUAAUUUAAGCUAAUGUUCAAUAAUUACAAAAGUGAUUUUUCCCAAUCAAGUUAGUUUUUACACCAUAAUCAAUGAUCUUAAUUUUGGAUUAUUCUGAAUAAAUAAAGAAGAUCAAGAAAAUGGCUGAAGAGCAGCAAGAGGAGAAUUCUCCAAGUGGUUCUAGUUCAAGUUCUAGUGUUUCAUCACAUUUUAAAACAUGUUCUCGUCAUCAUAAGAAGGAUUUUCAUAGUAUGGCUGCUACAGUUCCCGAACUCAUCAAAAUUUUGGGAGGAGAUAGAGUCAUAGAAAGGGUUCUUAUUGCAAACAAUGGAAUAGCUGCUGUGAAAUGCAUGAGGUCAAUGAGAAGAUGGGCAUACGAAACGUUUCGAAAUGAAAGGAUUGUCAAAUUUGUUGCUAUGGUUACACCAGAAGAUUUGAAUGCGAAUGCGGAAUACAUUAGAAUGGCUGAUAGUUACGUACAUGUACCUGGUGGUACAAACAAUAACAACUAUGCAAAUGUGGAAUUGAUUGUAGAUCUUGCAAGAAGAAGCAAUGUUCAAGCUGUUUGGGCAGGAUGGGGACAUGCAAGUGAGAAUCCAAAACUACCAAAAAUGCUGAGUAAAGUUAACAUUGCCUUUCUUGGGCCAUCUGCAUCAGCCAUGUGGGCACUUGGGGACAAAGUUGCUUCUUCAAUUGUCGCUCAGUCCGUUGACGUUCCGACUCUGCCUUGGAGUGGUUCAGGUCUAUCGCUUCCUAACACAAAUUUUGUUCUGCCAAGAAGUAAUAGUGUGUCAAGUUCAGGUUCUGAUUCUCCACCUGCUAAUUCUAGAACUAACCUUUUACAAGGGAGUCAAAUGGCAGGUGUUCCAGAAAAUAUUUACAGACAAGGAUGUGUUGAAACUGUAAAUGAAGCCAUGAAGUCUGCAGAAGAGAUAGGUUACCCUGUAAUGAUCAAGGCAUCUGAGGGAGGUGGAGGAAAAGGAAUUCGCAAAGUAUCAGACGCGGCUGAUUUUCCUAACGCAUUCCGUCAAGUUCAAACUGAAGUUCCAGGAUCUCCUAUCUUUAUCAUGAAACUAUGCACAAAAGCGAGACAUUUAGAAGUCCAAGUUAUUGCUGAUCAAUACGGAAAUGCAAUAUCAUUAUUUGGAAGGGAUUGUUCUAUACAACGACGUCAUCAAAAAAUUAUUGAAGAAGCACCCACCACUGUCACUGAAGAAGAUGUAUGGAGGAAAAUGGAAAAGGAUGCAGUAAAACUGGCAAAGAUAGUUGGAUAUGUGAGCGCUGGAACUGUGGAAUAUUUAUACGAUGAAACAGGACAAUAUUUCUUUUUGGAAUUGAACCCAAGAUUGCAGGUUGAGCAUCCUUGUACCGAAAUGGUGGCAGAUGUGAAUCUACCAGCACUACAAUUGCAAAUUGGAAUGGGAAUCCCGCUCCAUAUGAUUCGUGAUAUCAGAAUGUUAUAUAAAGAGGAUCCAUCAGAAUGUACACCAAUUGAUUUCGAGAAUCCACAGUUUAUACCAGAACCAAAAGGCCAUGUUAUUGCUGCAAGAAUUACAAGUGAAAACCCUGAUGAGGGUUUUAAGCCAAGUUCAGGCACUGUUCAAGAAUUGAAUUUCAGGAGCAAUAAAAAUGCAUGGGGAUACUUCAGUGUUGCUGCAGCUGGUGGCCUACAUGAAUAUGCAGAUUCACAAUUUGGUCAUUGCUUCGCUUGGGGAGAAACAAGGGAAUUUGCCAUUUCUCAUAUGGUGCUCGCACUCAAGGAACUCUCAAUUCGAGGAGAUUUUCGAACAACUGUUGAAUAUCUUGUCAAUCUAAUUGAGGAUAAAAGUUUCCAAAACAACCAGUUUGAUACGGCUUGGUUGGAUAAGCUUAUCACUGAUAAAGUUAAAGCUGAACAUCCCAACAUCAAUGUAGCAUUGAUAUGUGCUUCUCUUCAUAUUGCUGAUUCAAGAUUCACAGAAAAAUUCAGGAACUACACUCAUUCAUUAGAAAGAGGUCAAGUUCUACCGAUCAUAGGACUCGAAAUGUCGACGACGAUCGAACUCAUUCACGAUUCUGUAAAAUAUGUUCUGUAUGUCACUAGAAUAUCAAGAAAUGGUUUCUAUAUUGAAUGUAACAACUCUUCCAUGGAAGUCGACGUCCACAAUUUGUGUGAUGGAGGUUUGUUACUCUCUCUCGCUGGGAUAACAAGAACUACAUACAUGAAAGAAGAAAUUGAAAGAUAUCGGGUUACCAUUAACAAUCAAACAUUUGAAUUCAACAAGGAAAAUGAUCCAACUAUACUGAGAUCUCCUUCUGCUGGAAAACUUAUUCGUUUUACUGUGGAGGAUGGUGCUCAUUUACAUCAGGGUGAAACAUAUGGGGAAAUUGAGGUAAUGAAGAUGGUGAUGUCACUCACUGCUCCAGCUAGUGGUUGCAUAAAAUAUGUCAAACGACCUGGAUCUGUUCUAGAGUGUGGUACGAUUGUGGCUAGAUUGGAACCUGAUGACAUAUCUUGUAUACCAAGAGCAAGUUUAUUCAAAGGAGAUUUGAAUGAUUUGUUGACUGAUAAUGAGGUGGAGAAUGAAAAACCACACAAGGUUUACGAAACUGCUUACAAAAGUUUGAUGAACAUAAUGAAAGGAUAUUGUCAUCCGAAUAAAGCAUUUCAUAACAACAUGGUCAAAUCAGUGAAUAUGUUGUUGAUUGCAUUGAAAGAUCCAUGCCUACCACUUAUGGAAUUACAGGAUGUUAUGACAAGCCUUGCAGGACGCUUGCCAGCUGGUGUAGAACAUGCUAUACGCCGAGAAAUGACCUCUUACGCAUCAAAUAUUACUUCGAUGCUGUCACAAUUUCCUGGCGGCAGAAUCAGGAGAGCUGUGGAUCAACAUGCAGCGAGGUUACCCAAGAAAUCAGACCAAGAUGUUUUCUUUGUUAACACUCAACCUAUUCUUCAACUUGUGCAUAAAUACCGAGAAGGUAUCCAUGGUCACAAGCAAGCAGUUUUGCUUUCAAUACUUGAAGAAUAUUAUAGAGUGGAAGUCAAAUUUCAACAAGGACCUUUCGAUAAAUCCUGUAUUCAAAUGAGAGAAGAAAGAAAAAAUGACGUCAAUUCCGUUGUUUUGGAUAUUUUCUCAUAUUCUCACACUCUAUUCAAGAAUCAACUUGUCAUUCAAAUUAUUAAUCAUAUGGCAAACAGAGAUAGAAAACUUGCAAAAGAAGAAACAGCCAUGUUGAAAAAGCUUGCACUGCUGAGCAAACAAGAGAAUGCAAAAGUUGCAUUACGUGCAAGACAAUUACUUAUUGCAGCACAUCAACCUCCUUAUGAAUUGCGACAUAAUCAGGUUGAAUCUAUCUUUCUGUCGUCCAUCGAAUCGCUCGGUGGUUUUUGUCCAGAUAAUUUACAGAAUUUGAUCAACUCUGAAACUACUAUAUUCGACGUCUUACCUGACUUCUUCUAUCACAACAAUCCAAUUGUCAGGAUGGCAGCUCUUGAGGUAUAUGUACGACGUUCGUACAUCGCAUAUGAAUUGAACAGCGUUCAACAUCAUGAAAUAGGAGAUGACAGAGUUGUUUGUGAAUUUCAGUUCAUGUUGCCGAGUACUCAUCCUAACAGAAUGUCGCAACGUGAAUAUCAAAUAGCAAGUACUUCUUCUCUACCUAAAGUAUCGAGUGUUGGAGAAGGUUUACAUUCCAUCGAUCAAACUUAUUUACCUCCUUGUCAAAGAAUGGGAAUCAUCGCAGCUUUCAAAGAUUUUGAUGAAUUUAAAGAGUACUUUGUCAAAGUUCUCAGGUGCUUCAGUAAUCUCAGUCCUCCGGGUUCACCAUUAUUUUUCGAGGCUCCCACCACUAUAAACAAUAGUGCGAGCGUCGGAAGUAUGUCUUCAUACACAAGUCAACAAGCUGAUGACAACACAUCUCAACCUGACGAUACAACUUCAUUAUGCAGUGUUGCUGAAGAUCCUAUCCAUAUCUUGAAUAUCGUCAUAGCAACUGAUAAAGGUGUUGAUGACGUUAUUCUGGAUUCAAUGUUUCAGAAUUUCAUGGAGAAACAUAAGACUGAGCUGAACGACCAUGGAUUACGUCGUGUCACAUUUCUCGUCCACAAACGAAAACAAAUUCCAAAAUAUUUCACGUACAGAGCUCGUGAUCAGGUGAGAAUGCAAUUCCAUCAACAUCGUCAAAACCCUGCACAGAUGCAGUUCUAUGAAGACAGAAUCUAUCGUCAUUUGGAACCAGCAUUGGCAUUUCAACUUGAAUUUAACAGGAUGAGAAAUUUUCAUUUGAAAGCUUUACCUACUAACAACCAUCGUAUGCAUCUUUAUCUGGGAUCAGCAAAGGUCGAAGAGGGGGCAGAGGUCACCGAUCAUCGAUUCUUUAUCCGUGCUAUCAUCAGGCAUUCAGAUUUAGUAACAAAGGAAGCAUCGUUUGAAUUCCUUCACAACGAAGCUGAACGUCUUUUACUAGAAGCAAUGGAUGAACUUGAGGUUGUUUUUUCUGAUUAUCAUCAUCAAAGAACUGAUUGCAAUCAUAUCUUUCUCAACUUUGUUCCGCGUGUAAUUAUGGAUCCGACAAAGAUUGAAGAAAAUGUACGAUCCAUGGUCAUGAGAUAUGGAAGUAGAUUAUGGAAAUUGAGAGUUUUACAGGCUGAAAUUAAAAUCAACAUAAGAAUGAAUGAAGAUUCUGAACCAUUCCCAGUACGACUGUUUUUAACAAAUGAAUCAGGAUAUUUUCUUGAUAUAAGUUUGUACAGGGAAGUUACAAACCCAACUACAGGACAGACAAUCUUCCAAGCUUAUGGGCACAAGCCAGGUCCAUUGCACGGAAUGCUGACUAGUACACCUUACUUAACGAAAGACCUUUUGCAAGCAAAAAGAUUCAAAGCACAAACCAUGGGGACAACUUAUGUAUAUGAUUUCCCUGAAAUGUUCAGACAAGCAUUGAUGGAAGUAUGGAAAGAAUAUGCAACACAGAGUGAUUGGGGAACAGCUAUUCCUGAUGAAUUGUUUACUGCUGAAGAACUAAUCUUAGAUUCUCAUGGAAAACUUGUCAACAUCAACAGACAACCUGGUGAAAAUGAGAUUGGUAUGGUAGCAUGGAAGUUCACUUUACGUACUCCUGAAUAUCCUGAUGGACGAUGUAUCAUUUGCAUUGCUAAUGAUAUCACUUAUAAAAUUGGAUCAUUCGGACCAAAAGAGGAUCUGUUAUUCCAACAAGCUUCAGAACUGGCAAGAUCAGAGAAAAUCCCACGAAUGUACAUCUCAGCAAACAGUGGAGCAAGAAUUGGUCUUGUUGAAGAAAUUCGACAUUUGUUUCAUGUUGCUUGGGUUGAUCCUAAUAAUAUGAAUAAGGGAUUCAAAUAUCUUUAUCUGAAACCUCACGACUUCAAAAAGUUGAGUGCAACCAACUCAGUGGUUGCUGAACAUGUGGAAGAAGACGGUGAAUCAAGAUAUAAAAUUAUUGAUAUCAUCGGUAAAGAUGAUACAAGUGGUCCUAAAUGUUUGAGAGGAAGUGGAACAAUCGCUGGUGAAACUUCAAGAGCUUAUGACGAGGUUGUUACCAUUUCACUUGUUACAUGCCGUGCAGUCGGUAUCGGUGCUUAUCUUGUGAGAUUGGGACAAAGAGUUAUUCAAGUUGAGAAUGCUUAUAUUAUAUUGACUGGAUCACAAGCUCUUAACAAGGUUCUUGGCAGGGACGUUUACACAUCAAACAACCAACUCGGCGGGAUACAAAUCAUGCAUAAGAACGGAGUAUCUCAUGCAACUGUCAGUUGGGAUUAUGUCGGCAUCAAUACAGCACUCAAAUGGUUGUCAUACAUUCCAAAAUCGAAAGGUGCACCUCUGCCUAUUCUUCCCAGACCUCGGGACUCAAUUGAAAGAGAAGUGGAAUUUGUGCCAACUAAAAAUGCAUACAAUCCAAGGCAUAUGUUGGCAGGAUACACGAAUCCAGAUACAAAUGAAUGGAUUAGUGGAUUCUUUGAUAAAGACUCUUUCGAUGAAGUGCUGGAUGGUUGGGCACAAUCUGUCGUGAUUGGUCGAGCUCGACUUGGAGGUGUGCCUGUGGGCGUCGUCGCAGUAGAAACUCGAUCUGUGGUUGUCGACAUCCCUGCUGACCCAGCUGAUCUUCUAAGUGAAGAGAAAACCUGUAAUCAAGCUGGCCAGGUUUGGUACCCUGACUCAGCUUACAAAACUGCACAAGCAAUUUUAGAUUUUGAUCGUGAAAACCUUCCGCUUAUCAUGUUUGCAAAUUGGAGAGGAUUCUCAGGUGGAAUGAAAGACAUGUACGAUGAAGUAUUAAAGUUUGGUUCAUAUAUUGUUGAUGCUUUGAGAAAGUACACUCAACCAGUACUUGUGUAUAUACCACCACAUGCUGAAUUAAGAGGAGGUGCUUGGGUGGUUGUGGAUCCUACUAUAAAUGAGAAUCACAUGGAACUGUACGCUGAUGAAUUAGCUCGAGGAGGAGUUCUUGAAUCAGAAGGAACAGUUCAGAUUAAAUUCCGAAAGAAAGAAUUGAUCAAAACUAUGAAAAGACUUGAUCCUAAAUACAAGGAUCUAACACAGAAACUUUUUGAUCCUCUCAUGCCACCAGAUCUUCGUAAGCAAAUCGAAUCUCAAGUUCAAGAACGAGAAGAAGAAUUACUUCCAAUGUACCAUCAAGUUGCCGUUCAUUUUGCUGAUUUACACGAUACACCCGGUGUUAUGCUACAGGGUGGCUGCAUCUCCGGUAUACUGAAAUGGCGCAGUUCUCGUAAGUUUUUAUACUGGAGGUUGAAACGGUUGUUACUGCAAGAUACAAUAACUAAAAAAGUAGCAAGCGAUACAAACAAAGACAUGUCACAUGCACAUACCAGUGCUAUAUUAAGAAGAUGGUUUGUGGAAGACAAAGGAACUGUAAAUGCUCAUCUAUGGGAAGAUGACAAAGAAAUUGUAGAUUGGUUGAAUAAACAAUUACAAGAAGAAAAAUCGACUGUUAAUGAAAAUAUUAAGAUAUGGCAGAGAGACAACUCUAUUCAUAAGAUUCGAGCACUGGUACAGUCCAACUCCGACGUUGCUAUGCAUUCAGUCAUUCAUCUCAUUCAACAAUUGACGCCAUCACAAUGUCGUGACGUCACUAAGAUCCUCGAAACCAUGGCAACAUCAGAGACAGCAACCCCAUCAACACCUGAUACGUAACUAACUGAAAUCAUUUUAUCCUGUUUUUUUUUAGUAUUUGUACUAAUUAACGGCACUUUAUUGUAAAUAAUUUUGUUUGUGGGAUACAUUUUUAAGCUUUUUUUUCCAUGAUUUUUUCUCCAAAGAUGCCAUUGAAAUUUAAUUGAUUGUUUUCGAUAUACCACGUUCCGCAUUUUUAAAUGUGAUCUGGCUUUAUGACGACCUAUAACCCAAUUCAAUUCCUAGUGUUAUCAGAGCGAAGAUUCAAUGAUAAUUAUAAAAUUUUGAUUAUAUUAUCUGUGUUAUUUUUACUAUAUCAUUAAAAUUCUCAUGAAUUUGAAAAUAGAGGGAAAUAUUAUAUUAAUGUUAGCGUGCAUCGAACUCGUAAUUGAUAAUUUUUGAACUUCGAAAAUAACCGGUCUAGCAUUUUUAUUAAAAUGAUUUAAAUAGGUAUUUUAAUACAAUGAUAUUCUAAUUGCCUUAUAUUUUAUGAUUUUCAUUCAAAGCUGUAUCCGCGAUUUCCUGCUGCUUAUCUGCCAAUAAGCUUUGCCGGAUGUUGCGGAUAUAUUGCUGUUUAUAAAUUGUGCCUGCUUCGUGCGUUUUCAUCUUGGCUUACCGUUCCCGAAUUCAAGUUCCCAUACUGGCUUCGCCCGACUUGCUGGUUUCUUGCAUGAUACACAUCUGACAUGUGAAAUUCCGUCCAUUUAAUUUUUUUUUCAAAUAAAGGCGCUUGAAGAUAAAUUAUCAAAUUCUUCACGAAGAGAUUGAUGUUGAAUAUUUUAUUUUUCUUCUUCGAAAUACCCAUCAAACUGAUUUUAAAAAAUGAACGAUGGUUAGAAUCCAUUUUCGUCUUACUCUUUGGAAAACAUAUAGCAGUUUUGCUUAUCCAGAGAGUUGAAUGGAGCAUGAAACUCUCUGAAAAAUAAAACGCAAUUGAAAUGAAAUUCACUUUAUAAACUGUGAUAAAGUAUUCUUUAAAUUCAACUUUCAUCGUUAUACUCUAGUUACCUACAUUUCAGCGAAUGACGUCUAUUACAUUCUAGUCGAAGUAUAGCCGAUGCUGAGUAUUUGAAAUUUUGAACCAAAAUUUUUCUGCUCUCCGAAUUUUUAUUUGAUGGUAUUGCAUUCUUUGAUGAUAAAUAUAUUUGAAUUACUUCGAAUCCAAUGUUAUUUUUACUGAUUUUUUUAUUAUACUUCUACGGUGAUUCUUUUUAUUUUGAAGUUAUAAAAUCUAUCUUUUUAGAAGUGUUAAUACAUACUCGUGCUGUUCGUAUGUUAUGUCGUAAUUUAGACACGGACCAUCUAUGUACUGCGCCUUAAUCUGCGUUCCACCCCUGUCCCAUUGAUAGUCUGGAACUGAAAAUUUUCUGUUUAUUAAUGAUUUGUACUUGAAAAUUGUAAUAAAAUUUUAUUAAAAUAAAAAGAAACGGAUUA